GGACAGCAGCAGCGGUGUCAGUUUCUUGGUGUCAAACUCCAACGUCACGUUGACUGAGUUCAUGGAUAUGGGAUUUGUAGCCACCGUGCACAGUGAUUCCUCCCCUUGCCCUACAAGGCUUGAGCAGUGGGACCACAGGGUUCCUCCCAAAGCUGGUGGCUCCCCAUUUCUCAUCAAAGUGUCCGAGUCAACACCAAUGGUUCAUGCGGGAGCCAAGUCGUGGCUGGGAGUGGAGGAGAUCCUGCCUGCUCUUAACCGAUCCCCGCUGAACCCAGAUGGCGCGGUGUUUGAACUGUCUUCCAUGGCUUCAGAACCUCUAGCGCAAUUCAAUAACUCUGUUGUUGGGGUAUUCUAUGGGGCUAAAGUGUCCACGCCAUACAAAGAGGAGCAAGACCUCGAGAUCUCUGAUCCCAUUCCUGUAGAUGAGCCUUGUUCAAAACUCCAGGACACGGACUUGGUGGUGAGCACAGCUGGCCUCCAAAAAUCUGUACCACCCAUGUGGGAGAUCUCUGAAAUAAACUCGGCGGUGGAAGAGAGCACCCCAUCCCUAGACGUGUCCAUUUCUGACUUGAGGUUCACAAGCGGCUAUGGUGAUCCUGAUGACACCUUGCCAAGCCAGGCAUCAGCUGCUCCAUCUGCCCAAUGGGUAGGGGUGACGCAUAAGGAUAUAGGACGCGCCUUCCUGCGGCCGUUCCGCUACCAGAGGCAGUUAAGUGCUUCUGAAAUCCCGAUACCCACCAUGGCACCCCCGAUGCACCCUUUCAACCUCUCUGCCGUGUUUCCUGAUAGGAUUGCCGGGGAAUGGCAAAUGGAGGUCGCUUCCAGACCUCAUAGUCCAUCCGGGACAAUCGGAUGUGGCUUGUGAACGAAGGUGUGUGA